AUGGUCAACCAGUCCUCCGGCGGCCCUCCCUUCUGUGCUCUCUGCGGCUCCCUCCUGUCCAUCCCCACCCAUGACAAGACCGCCUCCUGCCCGACCUGUCUCCACCUGACCCCGGCCAAGGAAUUCGAGGACGCCAUCAACAUUACCCAGAGCCGGCCCGGGUUCUUUGAGAAGCACCGCGUGGGCCACGCAUCGCGCCGGGCUGCUGCCGCCGAGCUGGCCGCCGCCGAGCUUGGCAAGGGUGCCACUGUGCGCGAAAUCUGCCCGAAGUGCGGCCACGACGAGAUGUCCUUCCGUACGAUGCAGCUUCGCUCGGCCGAUGAGGGUGCCACGAUCUUCUACACUUGCACCAAGUGCUCAUACACCUACAAGCUCAACAAUUGA